CCCUGCGCAGCCGGGCCAGCCGUUCAAGUUCACCGUCACGGAGUCCUGCGACCGCAUCAAGGAGGAGUUCGGCUUCCUCCAGGCGCAGUACCACAGUCUGAAGCUCGAGUGCGAGAAGUUGGCCAGCGAAAAGACAGAGAUGCAGAGGCACUACGUCAUGUACUACGAGAUGUCGUACGGGCUGAACGUGGAGAUGCACAAACAGACGGAGAUCGCCAAGCGCCUGAACGCCAUCAUCGCCCAGAUCCUGCCGUUCCUGUCCCAAGAGCACCAGCAGCAGGUGGCGGCGGCCGUGGAGCGGGCCAAGCAGGUCACCAUGACCGAGCUGAACGCCAUCAUCGGGCAACAGAUGCACGCGCAGCAGAUGCCCGCGCACGCGCCCCCGCUGCCCAUGCUCCCGCACGCCAUGGCCGGCCUGCAGCCUCCCGGAGGGGGCCUUCCCCCGAGCACGGCCGCGGGGCUGCUGGCCCUGUCCUCGCUGGGCCCUCCACCGCCCUCGCACCUGGCGGCGGCCGCGGCCGCGCUCAAGGACCACCGAGCCGCAGCAGCGGCAGCCGCUGCCGCAGCCGCGGCUGCGGCCGCUUCUGACGACAAGCGGUCCUCGUCGGUUCACAGUAGUGAAGAGCGACAUAGAAAUUCCAUAUCUCCUGGAGAGCGGGAGAAAUUUCGGAGUCGUUCCCCGGACAUCGAACAUGAACUGAAGAAGCGGAAGAAAGAGGAGAAGGACAGUGAUGGGGAGAAGAGCGACCAGGAGUUGGUCGUCGACGUUGCCAACGAGGACUCUGUGGGGGCCCCCAAUGGGGCGCUGUCCCCCCGGGAGAACGGGACGGACAAGGUGCUGAAGAAGGAGCCCCACGGGUCCCCGCACAGCAGCAUCUCGUCCAACUCGAGCACGCCGUCCUCCAAGCACAAGGAGAGCGACAAGGCGAGCACCCCCGUGCCCAAGGCUGCCACCCCGACCAGCUCGGGGUCCCAGGCCGGCUCCUCCGGGCUCAAGUCCAAGGGGGGGCCUUCCCUGGGUCCCCCUUACCCAUAUCCGCUGCAUGGGGGCGGUCCUGGAGCCCAUGGCAUGCCGGCAGACCUGAGUGCUUCAGCCUACCCUCAGGGGAUGUUGCACAACAGCAUCUCGCCAGCACUCAACUCCUACUCCAGAGGCCUGGUUGGCUACGAACCUCACCCCUCGAUGCGAGGUCCGGGGUUCGGCUCUAUUCCAGGUGGAAAACCGGCCUACUCCUUCCACGUGAGUGCGGAGGGACAGAUGCAGCCCGUGCCGUUUCCGCCAGACGCCCUGAUUGGAGCCGGCAUCCCCCGCCAUGCACGGCAGAUCAACACCCUGGGGCACGGGGAGGUGGUGUGUGCCGUCACCAUCAGCAACCCCACCAAAUAUGUCUACACUGGGGGCAAGGGUUGUGUCAAGGUCUGGGACAUCAGUCAACCUGGGAGCAAGAGCCCAGUAUCACAGCUGGACUGCUUGCAACGCGACAACUACAUUCGCUCCUGCAAACUCCUCCCAGACGGAAGGACACUAAUUGUUGGCGGCGAGGCUAGCACCAUCUCCAUUUGGGAUCUUGCAGCUCCCACACCACGCAUCAAGGCGGAACUGACGUCCAGCGCGCCAGCGUGCUACGCGCUGGCCAUCAGCCCAGACUCGAAGGUGUGCUUCAGCUGCUGCUCGGACGGAAACAUUGCCGUCUGGGACCUGCACAACCAGACACUCGUCAGGCAGUUCCAGGGCCACACGGACGGUGCUAGCUGCAUUGACAUCUCGAGCGAUGGCACUAAGCUCUGGACGGGGGGCCUGGACAACACAGUCCGUUCCUGGGACUUGAGAGAGGGUCGUCAGCUGCAGCAGCACGACUUCACCUCUCAGAUCUUCUCGCUGGGUUACUGCCCCACGGGCGAGUGGCUGGCUGUCGGGUGGGUGUCACUUCUCUCUCUCUCCCUUUCUCCCCUGGGGCUAAAGAGGCACGCAUCCUUACACUCUACCACCACGUGCUGCUGCAGGAUGGAGAGCAGCAAUGUGGAGGUGCUGCACUGCUCCAAGCCGGACAAGUACCAGUUGCACCUGCACGAGAGCUGCGUGCUGUCGCUCAAGUUCGCCUCGUGCGGCAAGUGGUUCGUCAGCACGGGCAAGGAUAACCUGCUCAACGCCUGGAGGACCCCCUACGGGGCCAGCAUCUUCCAGUCCAAGGAGUCCUCCUCGGUUUUGAGCUGCGACAUCUCUUCCGACGACAAGUACAUCGUCACCGGUUCGGGAGACAAGAAGGCAACUGUCUACGAGGUGAUCUACUGAGCCAGUUCGGGAAACUUUUCUGCCCCUUCUCGGCGUGUGCACAGUUGUGUUGUUCUGGACCCGCCUCUAAUAUGUGUGUGUCUGUGUGCGAGCGCACACGUCUCCCACGUGCUCCCACUGUCCGCUCUGUGCCUCCGCCGACACAGGACUGAAGCCUCUGGCUCGAUCUGGUGAUUCCAGAGACUUGCAACGCCGGUUCAUUGAACUUGUUCCCUCCGGUACCCAGGACCGUGUGUGCGUGUGUGUGUGAAAGAGCAUAGCCUGCCUGCAGUCCUGUCUCUUCUGAGCAGGGAACUGCCUCAGGAAACAUUCCAUUGGGUAGCUGUCACUCCCUCGGUUCUCACCACACAAGAAAGAUCUUCAUUACUGCUUUUUUUUUUACUUUUGUUGUUGAAAGGAUGCCUCUGCCCUUUUUAUAAGAGCAAGAGUUGUGCCACAAGUCUUCAAACCCUCUGCCAGCUUUUUUGGGGAUAGCAGCUGCGUGGCAGUGAAGGACGACGACGUUACGAGCCGAUUGGCCAGUUAGUCUGCAACAUUUGUGUACAAAGGUGCGGUGCCGGGUCGGCCACCAUGAGUAGGGUAAGAUGACAAUAAAAAUUAAGCUGUUCCCAUUG